AUGGACCCACCACCCUACACCCCAAGCGCCAACUCCUCCGAAACCUCAUCGACAAUCACCCCGCGAAACCUCGCCCCAGAGACCCUCCUCACUCGCGGUUUGCAAAUCCCCUCCAAAUCCGCCUAUCCGACCUCAGGCUUCACAUACCCGCCCCUCCUCGCCCAGUACGACAUCUCACCCGCCGACUGGGAAAGGUUCACAUCGGAGGUUACGACCACCGCACGGAUGAGCCGCAAACAAUGGACCACGGCCAUCGGGAAGGGCCUCGGCGUGAUGGCUAUCGGCGGGCUCAUGGUCGGGUUUCUGGGGGCCAUACCGGCGUAUUAUGUGGCCCGACGGGCGCAGCGGAGUCGGGAGGAGAAGAAUAUGAUUCUUGGGAGCCAGGAGCUGAGGGCUGUGAUUGAGCGGUGGAAUGGGGAGGUCUUUCAGCCGAGGGGGGUGCUGAUUAGGGUUGAUUUGCCGUUUGAGGAGGUGGAGGAGAUGGAGAUGAUGGAUGUUUUGGAUCGGAGACGGGGUGGGUUUGGGCUGGGGAGUGGGCAGAGGGUGAGGGAGGAUGCGGCGAGGAAGGCGAGGAUUGUGAUUAUUCCUUUGCCUGGGAAGUUGGGGUAG